ACACGUCAGAACAUGUUGCGCAUGCGCAGAGUGGACUAAACUGCGCAGGUAGAGGCAGGUGAGCAGUGGCAGGUGACAGGUGUAUCCCGGAAGCUCUAGAGAAAAAAAAAAUCAACAAAACAGCUAAAUAACAGUCCAGGCACAAUGUCUCAGAACAACCUGCAGCAACAAUUUCAGAACCAGGUCAAUGAUGUUUUUACCCGGCUGGAGAACAAGCAGAUGUUUCAGUCAGACUGGGACAUCGCCUCCUUCGCCAUUUUCUUCAUCUUCAUCGGUAUGGUUCUGCUGCUCAUCAUUCUGGUUCUCAUACGCUGCUGUUGCUGCUGCUGCCUUUGCGACGAAAAGCCCAGAAGACAUAAAGUGGGAAUCGAAAACAUGGGACUGGAGCCAUAAAGCUCGAGACUGCAGUCCAGCGUAUACCUGAUGCCUUUCGAAAUAAUUCUUUAAUAAUGUUUUUAACUUCUGUAAUUUUUCACAUCUGAAAAAACUGAGUGUCAGAAAAUGCAGAAGGAUGAGGAAGUAAACAGAACGAACGCGCUGUAAAUAUGAUGGAGGAAUCUUUACUGUAGUCGAAUUGAACUUAUAGUUUACAAUGACUGACUGAUUUUAAUACAUACAAGUGCCCUGUGCAUUUAACUGUAGCUAUACUGUACUUCCUUCUUACUUUACGAGUAUAUUUAUGAUGGUCUGUCAAAUGAUUGCCAAAAAAAGUACAAUAAACUGUACUAUACUAUA